GCUCAUAAGUACGAGGGGGCGGCCCACUUCGCUCUGUUUGCCGCCGUCCUGGUCUGGCUUCUCACCCUGGCACUCUUCGGGCUGAGCCUGCUGGGGCGCUGGGAGCUGGUGCCCUGGCUGGGCUCCCGCUGGCUCCUCACCAACCUGGUGCACGACCUGGCUCUGGGUUUGGGGCUCUAUGCAGCUGCCACUGGCAUUAUGGGUCACAAGGCCAAGCAGAGAAGCUUUUGCAACCUGCCGGGCUACAGCCAGCACUGCCUUUACAGUGCCUACCUGAGCGCCUCCAUCUGUGGGGGCAUCACUGCCUGCCUGUACCUCUUCUCCGGGCUCUAUUGCCUAUCACGGCGUUGCCAGGACCAGCGAGACAUCAUCUGAGAUCCUGUGCCACUUGGCUCCCCUUCUCAGCCGCAGACAGAACACUGCCUGUCUUUGGGAUGAAAUGACCCUGCCACCCAUCCCCUCCUGGCUGACUGCACUGCAAUUCCUCCAGAGAAUCCUGCACAGACGGAUGGACAGACAGAGGCCUUCGCCGAGCACGGCUUCCCCUGCAGCGCACUGAGACAGCGUGGACACCCAGCCACUGCACAGGCCCUUCUUCCACCCUUGGACAGAUGUAGGCUACUGCAAGUGGAAGGACCCAAAUGGAGAGCCCCCAAGAGGCAUACCAAUCUUUGUGAGCCCCUCCUAGAACUCAAGCCAAAAUCCCCUGUCCCUGGUCUUGCAGACGCUGCAUGCUCAGGUGGGUGCCAAGUUUUCCCUGGGGUGGAGGGGGACUGGCCUAGGGGAGCUGAGCUGGGGGCAGCAAUGCCUAGUGGAGUUGGAUGGGCAUAAACUCCCCUGACCUGCUGGCAGCCCUGUCUCGACAUUCCAGCUGCAUGGCGCCUCCACAGUUCCCUAGGGGAGGCCCUGAACUUGGCUUCCCCAGCCGGGCCCUUCCUUCUGCCUGGCCUGAAAACAUCUUUCAUCUUAUUGGAGCCCCAAAGGGCUCAGUGCCUCCCUGCCCUUCACUCAGAGGGUGUGGAGACACCCAGAUACUGCAUGGCCAGAGCAGCAUCACCCCAGUCCAGUUUGGAGACUGAGCAGGCCUCUGUUGCUGUGGAGGGAGGGGAAGGACAAGUGGAACCGUAAACCCUGGGCUAAAUUCCUCCAGUGCUAGAAUUUGUAUAGUCCUGGGAUGGGGCCAGGUGCCCCAGGGGUUGAGGGGAGCCAGUCAUGGGGUUGUUCUCUCCUCCUGCCAUCCCUGCAGAGAGGUUUGUGGCUCCUAGCCACCCAGAGCCACUGAACCAGCCCUGUGGCCAGGCUACUCCAAAAGGGAUGGAAACAGCCUCACUGAUGGAGACCAGCCUACAGCCCUCCCUGUCUCUGCUGCACUUGGUUUAUCAUCCUGGAAAAUUUUCAUCUCUGGACUCUCUGGGACUGGGCAGUGCCUGGAGACUGUGGUGAGGUGGAGGGGAAGGGUGAACCUUGCAGCAUGGCAGUGCUAGGCUGUGCUGGCACUGUCCAUAGGGGAACUGCGACCAGGCAUUGUGGGAGCACAACCCAUCUUGGAGAACAGAAGAGGACACUGGCACUGGAACCAGCCCAGCCCUGGAUUAGCCUCCACAACCCACCAGGUCCCAAGCCCUGAUGAGGCCAUGUAGAGCUGACUAGAGAAAUUGGUGGCCAGACAGAAUUUUUAGAGCAGCAGCACCACACUGGGACUGUACUGCCACAAGACCUCCUCACCCUGCCUGGAGGCAGGUCCUCUCUAUUGCUUGCAGUGCAAGGGAGGGUCUGCUCCGGUCUCUGUGUAGACUCAGAUCAGUGAGAUGUGUGUCCUCAGCAGCUGGCCACAGCUGCCUGUUGCCUGGGGUUGCCUGGAGCCUUUUUUGAGGUGGAGAGCAGCAGCCAUGAUUCCCCUGGGGGGGAAUCACACUAUGAUUAGUGAUGUCUGGGAUUGGUACUGGAUCACCACUUCCAUCAUGAUGUACUGUCCCAGUGGAUACCCCAUAUGCUCAGGGGCCCUGCCAAGCCCCAAGCCAUGUACCCCUUCCCUGGGUAGGACGUGCUGUCUGUGCACUGUGUCAAGGCUGGUCCCUGACACCGCCUGCCUCUGCCUUACUCUGGUGCAGCCCUUGUGCCAAAAUGUCCUCGGUGCUUCUGCCACCACAAGUGCCUUCCCCUGGCUUUCUGCAGCCCUGUCUGUCACAUCAGCUCCAUCCCCCUACAGCCUCCUUUCAGGUGCCACAAAUAAAGCAAUGUUGGCACUCA